UUGCAUCUGUCGCCACUGCAAAGGAGAGAAUGAAAGCUACCAGCGUAAGACGGUAUCCUCAGAAGCUCAUCUCUGCGUUCACAUGUGAACUUCGUGGCUGUCUGAUUCAGUUCAGCGAGACCUCUUGUUGCGAGCGGUGAGCAGAAAAUAUGUUAUCGAGCAUAAUGCUGAAGUUCUGCGUUUUGGCACUGGCAACUGUCAGUUGCGUGUCGUCGGCGGACGUAAACGAUGCGAACACUUUCAUAGACACCAUUUUAAAGGAAAAGGUGCCAUCGCUUGUGAAGGAAUCACCACAGCUUUACCCCUACGCGACCAUUGAAGACUUCUCGUUCAAGGUACCUAAUAACCGGAUCACAAACCGUGAACUCAAGGUGAAAACGACACGUGGUGAGGUCCGAGGCCUGGAAACUGCCCUGCAGCGGUUCGGAGACUGCCAGGUGCCUCUACUUCGUGAUGAGCAGACUGUUAUUGUCUGCAACCUCACUAUGCAGGGAGUCAAUGUUACCUUCUCCUCACUGGUAGACGGAGAUUCCCUUUUCUCUGGUUGGAAGACCAUCUGGGUGAACGUAAAUGUGACGGAUGGCUUAACUCGGAUCGAAGCCAAGUUUCCUGUCGGUCGGACAGGUGGAACUCUGGGUGCGGAACUUAACAGGGACUUACAGCUCGACGUCACGUAUGACAGCCACCUGAGCCUCAACAAGGGCCGCCUCGAAAAGUUCAAGCAUGAAAUCAAGGCUAAAGUCAAGAAGGAGCUAUACCCCAUGUAUUCAGAAUACGUGUCGCUUCUACGCCGUGCUGUAAGCUUGUCCGCGUACCCGAGGGCCUAAUCUCAUAAUAAGGGCGACGUGGGAGAUCUCGUGACCUAGAUUCAAUGAUGCGAAGAAGCGAGUAGUCAUAUUUUUUCAGCGAAUACGCAUGCUAAUUUUAUACAAUAUUCUACAUUCCUAGGUUUCUUAUAACGAACAAUGUUCGUUAUAGUCUGUUCCCUUGUGUAGAUCAUAGAAAGAAGUCAAGACAGGUUUAACACCUGAAAAGAAAGCUUAUGGCCUGCCUGGAAUAGGAAAUACACCAUGGUGUACAUGCUGGUAAAAUUGUAAAAGGUGUAGCGUUUCUACGUUCCCAAAGAAAUAAACUAUACGUUCAAAAUA